AUGUUUGGUGCUGGAGUUGGGACUAAAGUUAAUGCUAACGGACAGCCCGCUACGGCUCGUCUGGCGGCCGGUGAACUCCUUGUUGAACGCAUCGCGAGUCUGGCUUUCGAACCCGAUGGUGAAAGUGAGACCUUGGACGAUGAGCAUUCCUACAAGCUUGAUGGCCAGAGUAAUCAUCGGCACCACUGUCCUUCUCGGGUUUGGGCUUGGACUCCCCCUCUACAAAGAAGACAGCAGGGGACAAGGAUAGGAUUAUCCGUGAUUAAGUGUGCAGUAUUAAGGUUCAGAUUGCCAGGCUCAAUGACUGAAGCUCUCGGGGCUGGGGAAGAAGGAGCUAAAUUGGCAGGGCAGAGGAGGAGUAGCUUGCAUGUUGAGGAAGAGAUAAAGAGGAAUAGAGAUCUUGAUGAUGCGAGAAAGCAAACCCAGAAUAAGAGGGGGAGUGUAGGUGCGGAUAAGCUUGAGCAGAAAGGGGAUGAUGAGGGUGAAGGUGAAAAUGGCGGUUGGGAGAAGGGGAUUGAGAAGGGGCCGGGCAAAAGCGAAGGUAACUUACUCUAA